AUGGUUGCCGAUUCAAGGUCCAAGAUGAGUAAUUUUGUUUUGGGUGUGUCCGAAAUGGUGGUUAAAGAGUGUCGUACCGCCAUGAUCAUCAAUGACAUGGACAUCUCUCGUCUCAUGGUUCAUGCACAACAAAUCGAAGAGGAGAAACUUAAAGAAAGGUCAAGGGUAACAAAGAGGGCUAAAACCAGUUUUGGUUCCUAUAAUGCCCCUUCUAAGUUCAACAAAGAGAGGGUGUAUAACCCUAAACCUCAAGGAGGGAAUAAUGGUGGAUCUUCAUUGCCUAGGUCUACUUGUGUUAAGUGUAGCAAGAAGCAUGAUGAUAAGUGUCUAGCCGGCACGGAUGAUUUCUUUAGUUGUGGUAAGAGUGGUCAUAAGAUGAGGGAUUGUCCAAUGCUUAUGGCUAAGGGAAGAGAGGGAAAGCAAGCUCCUGCUAGUGGUUCGGGUUCCAAUGCUCCCAAGUAA